CCCCCCCUCCCCACCAAUCCCAGCCCGGCCUCUGCGGCGAUGGCGGCGCGGCGCGCGCGGCCGGUGCGGGUGCUGGUGGACAUGGAUGGCGUGUUGGCCGACUUCGAGGCCGGCCUCCUGCGGGGCUUCCGCCGCCGGUUCCCCGGGGAGCCGCACGUGGCGCUGGAAAAGCGCCGCGGCUUCCUCGCCCGCGAGCAGUACCGAGCCCUGCGGCCAGACCUGGCGGACAAAGUGGCCAGUGUGUAUGAAGCCCCAGGCUUUUUCCUAGACUUGGAGCCUAUCCCUGGAGCCUUGGAAGCCCUGCAGGAGAUGAACAACAUGCAGGACACCGAAGUCUUCAUCUGCACCAGCCCUCUGACGAAGUAUGAACACUGUGUGGCCGAGAAGUACCGCUGGGUGGAGAAUCACCUGGGGCCGCAGUUUGUGGAGCGCAUUAUCCUGACGAGGGACAAGACGGUGGUCUUGGGGGACCUGCUCAUUGACGACAAGGACACCAUUCGAGGCCAAGAGGAGACCCCAACCUGGGAGCACAUUUUGUUCACCUGCUGCCACAACCAGCACCUCGCCCUGCCCCCCACAAGGAGACGGCUGCUCUCCUGGAGUGACAACUGGAGGGAGAUCAUAGACAGCAAGCGGGGGGGGGGGGGGGGGGGGGACAGUGGGUAGUAGCUGAAGGAAGGGAAGGCAGGCCAUCAGGGAAUACCAGCAGAGCUGGAUGACAGGGCAGUGCCAUGGCGGUGGCCACCAGCACCGUGGAGCAGGGAGACACAGUAACCUCGGUUCUCACAAGGCAGCCAUCUGGAACCCCACAAGACGGCUGGCAAGGAAUCAUGGUGGGAAAACUACUCAGGAACCUGUUUAAUAAAACACUUUGGCUCACCA